GUUUAAUUAUGCAUAUGGAGCUGCUUGUUGAAAUGCAUAGCAAUCUUAGUGCGGUAUGUUAAAUUUUUUGUAAAUGCUACAAAUCCCAAUACAGUAUCAACGAUUUCCUAAAAUUUUCAAAACUUAAUCUUCAUCAGGCUCACUUUAAUGAGCGAUGUGCUAAACAGUGUAUGAAGGUUGGAAAUAUCGACGGAGCGAUCUAUUACUAUAAAAAGUCUAUUGCCUUCAUGGAGCUAACCCGAGACGAGGUUGAAGAGGGCGAUCAUGAUUAUGUAAUUAUUGAUUUACAGUUAUCAUCACUGAAGCUGAGCUUAAGUGAGGCGGUAUCAAGGAAGACAGAAAUAAUAUCUGGUGACCAGAACGUUUCUUUGAAGACAAUUCCUGCUGACCAUUCACCUUAUAACAGAAAAUCAGCUGACUCUCCGUCAUACUUACCUUUAUCCUCAAAUCAAACCUCCAAUAAAAAGGAACAAGGAGCUGCUGUUAAACUUCCUAAAACUGAAUUUCAAACACGUGAAGAAUUAGUUACCUGUAUCGAAGAACUUCGAAAACUUGUGAGUUUUUUUUUAGGGAAAAACAAAUGAUAUUUAUCCAACUUAAUCACUUGUUCAGAAAAGUUUCCUAAACUCGUAAUCUCAUCUCUCCUCACGCAGCGAAAACUGCAUAUCCUAAGUCAAACUUUUGUCAGAAACAAGCAAGACAAUUACUGCGUUUUCGACUUCAUACCUUUAAUUCAUCAAGGGUCACUUAUCUAAUUUUUCAGUUUUUGUGAAAAUGAAAAUGUGAUGCCUCUCUAUUGUUUAAGAUUACAAUAAAUUGUGAAUAGCAACGAACAUAAACUUGUUUCUCAGCUUCUGUUCUGUUUGUCUGUCACUCUACCUAAUUUAAUAAGAGGGUUAUGGUAAACCAUAUUUUCAUUGUAAUCUAUCUGGCGUCUCAUCUUGUCACGGUCGUUAACUCCUGGAUAGAUUAACUAAUCCAUGAAUAAACGUGUAUAGGGUAUUUGGAUACUAUUAGAUCUUCGGGAUUAUUUUUACCCAUACUCCUGAGUAGUUUUCAAAACUUACAGCUAGAAAUUUCUUCGAACCCGACUAUAUAGUGAAAAUUUUGUGUUUGUAUAUAUAAAUCAACUAUGUUGUAUAGGGUAUAUUAAUUCAUAAUUAACCUAAAAGGUUCGAUUCGACGUGAAGAUAGCAGUAGUUUUGAUUAGAAACUCCUAACAGAAAUUUCAGAAUAUUUUAUGGAGUUCUGGCGAAUAAGUAUUUGUUGAGACACUCAUCCUAAUGAGUUUUGAGCAGGAUGGUGAAUAUAGAUAGGCUGAAGAAAAGUGGUUACAACUGUUUUGAGCAAUAAUCUGAGAGAAAUAUAAAUUCAUUUAGAUAAAUAAUUGACAUUUUAUCUAUUCAUUAAUGGAAUUGGUCUUGUUUCACCAAUUCCUAUCACUGUAAUCCAGUUGUUACUUUCACUCGAAUUCUUCUCUUGUGUGUACUAAUUUAAGGUAAGACCACUUUACUGAUACUUUUUUCCAUUCCCCCCAUGUUUAUCUCUUUAUCCAGCUAUUUAACUCCAUCCUUCGUUUUUAGACCUCACUUCACCGGCUUAAUUUAGAUAUUAAGGUGCAGAUUACGCUAUUAGUCUCCAAAAAAACAGUUAUUUGUUGAUAAUACUCAUUUUCCCACGUACAGGUUACAUACUUGUCUUUAAGCCACUUAUGUGAACAGCUCAUAUAAUUUCACAGCUGCUUGAACCUAAGUUAAUGGAGGAGAGGGAAAGUAGCCUAGCAGUUGAAGUGCUCGACUUUCAAACAUUAGGUCACAGGUUCCUACUCAUCUAGACUUACUUCUGUUCAGUCACUUAGGUAGAAUUACUAACCCUUACACAUAAAAUGUAGCUCAAAGCUGAAAAUCCAAUCCCGUACUUAAAUAGUGUAUCAAGUAGUCAGUCAUCAACAAAUAUUGCAUCACUUUAAUAAUUAUUCUGAAUAAACAUCUUCCUGGUUCCCAGCUAUCAAAUGGGAUAUCAGUACUUUGUUCUUACCGUAGGAGCCAAGUGUUUAUGUAGAAUUUACUGUAUUUUGCAUAAUUAAAUCUAUUUUUAAUACCAGAGAUUUUUGGAAAUUUUCAAAUUUUAUAGUGUACGUCACGAACUGACUUUAGUCUGAAGUCAUUUUGUAAUGUAAGCUAUAAAGUUCAAUCGACUUUGGCUUCCAAUCAAUCAGUGUGUUUUAAGGUGUGAUGAUCUUAUUUUCUCCUACUGAACUUUUAAGGUGGACAUGUUGGCAUCCCAGCUCAAUCGAGUUCGUCAAAUGCUUUCAGAAGAACGUGAACGUCGUCUUGCUAUAGAAGCGGAACUGAUAUCUUCAGGUGGUUUUAAUUAUCAAUCCAAUGAAUCCUUCACCUACCACAACUACGAUGAUGACGAUGGUUUUGAUGAAAACAGACCAUGUGUUUUUACAGACCUCACGAAACUUACAUGCUUAAACUUUAAUACAGCUGCGCUAGAUUUAUCUAAUGACGAUUCAACUUUACGUGAACCACAUCAAGCGUCAAACUCCAAUGUGUCAGACUCAUUAGAGCCGAAAUAAUUAUAUUGUAAUUAUUGUGCAUCAUGCUGCUAUCUUUUUUGCACAGAACAUCAUUUCCGCUACGACAGCUCCCCCGGUGUUCCACUCAAUAUGAAGAAGAACCAGUCGUUUCACAGCUGAUUUCCUAUAAUUAUACUUACGGGCUAGCAAUUUAACAUGGAUCAUUUAUCGAAUGAUGGAUUUUUGUUAUCAAUGAACACUAAUGUGUUUCAUUCAAACCACUAUGUAUGCAUUUUCUGCCUUAUUUGUUCUUUUCUUUUCUACAUAUUUUUUGGAUAGUAUACAGUAUGACGACGACUACAAAUCUUUUUUAUUCUACUUCCUUUAAUAUUCAGAUGAACUGUAUGAUGUCUUUCAAGCAGAGAGUAAUAAUUCAUCCAUUCCUUUGUUUUCAACUGUUUCCAUUAACGAAAAUCGAUCUGUCUUUCAAAAAGUAUACUAGUAAUGACUUUCAUUAUUCUCAACCUAAAAUACUGAUAAAGCUUCACAUUAUUUUUUACAUAAAUUGAUUUCGCAAAAAUAUCCUACGUUUCAUUCUGUCAAAGACUUCUAAUAACUGAUUUAUCCACCCUAAAAUUGCCAUACGGUUACAAUGUAAACAGAUACUAUAUACGAACUUUUUUCAUUAAUUAAAGCGGUAAAUCCUCCCUUUAUCCGUAUAGAAUAAUCUUAAUUUAUAUCGUGCUAUCGUAGUUAGAAGAAAUUGACCUAUGGUAACUGCUCCAGUUUGGUUGAACGAGUUAUCACAUCCAAAAAUCUGAAGACAGGGUGUUAAUGUGUCGUAGUUCAAAUUGUUAUAUGCAGUCCAAGUUAGGUAAAAUGUUUAUGACGGACACUGAAGUGAAGACAAUUUUGACAGUAGUAAUAGCGAUAGGACAGUAGCCAAAAAGGUAAAGCCGAUAUGUUAAGAUUAUGAAGUGUUAUGAAUUAUGGGUGAAACUAUAAUUUAUGGACGACCUUUGAGCGACGCUAGACUGACCUUGAGAGCGUCCACCUAAUAACCAGGACAAAUGAGGGUUAUAAACCUAUGUGAAGAAUUAGAAUUAUGAUUUACAGUUGAUGAUUCAGGUUAGAAAUUAGAUUUAUGGUUUUCAUCGCAAACUGACAUCAGUUAUAAUGCCGAAACUCUAUUUA